AUGCGGUCGUUCUCCUCCCUGGCCGCGGCCAGUCUGGCCCUUGCCGGCCUCGCCGCCGCAAGCGACGUCCACGAUCUGAAAAAGGACAACUUCAAAGAUUUCAUUGCUGAGCAUGAUUUGGUCCUGGCCGAAUUCUUUGCUCCCUGGUGUGGUCACUGCAAGGCCCUGGCACCGGAGUACGAGGAGGCCGCGACGACGCUGAAAGAGAAGAACAUUCCCCUGGUCAAGGUCGACUGCACAUCCGAAGGUGAACUGUGCAAAGACUACGGCGUCGAGGGCUACCCUACGGUCAAGGUUUUCCGUGGCCUUGAUAACAUCAAGCCGUAUCCUGGCGCCAGAAAAGCACCUGCGAUCGUUUCAUACAUGACCAAACAGCAGCUACCGGCUGUUUCUCUUCUAAACUCCGAGAACCUCGACGACUUCAAGACCACCGACAAAGUCGUUGUCGUCGCUUACAUCGCGUCCGACGACAAAGCCUCCAACGAGACCUACACUAAGUUGGCCGAAUCUCUAAGAGACGAAUACAUCUUUGGCGCCUCCAACGAUGCGUCUCUGGCCAAGGCAGAGGGCGUCAAGCAGCCCGCUAUUGUUCUGUAUAAGGAUUUCGACGAGGGCAAAAACACCUUUGACGGCAAAUUCGAUGACGAAGCCAUUAAAUCCUUUAUCAAGACUGCAUCUACUCCCUUGGUGGGCGAGGUUGGUCCGGAGACCUAUGCUGGAUACAUGGGCGCCGGUAUCCCUCUCGCGUACAUUUUCGCCGAAACCCCUGAAGAGCGUGCCUCAUUGGCCAAGGCCUUGAAGCCUGUCGCCGAGAAGUACAAGGGCAAGCUCAACUUCGCGACCAUUGAUGCCAAAGCCUUCGGUGCCCAUGCCGGCAACCUGAACCUGCCCACCGACAAGUUCCCAGCCUUCGCGAUUCAAGAGACGGUCAAGAACGAGAAGUACCCCUUCGACGGCAACAAACUCACUGAGAAGACCAUUGGCAAAUUCGUCAAGGACUUUGUCGAGGGCAAACUCGAGCCCAGCAUCAAAUCGGAGCCGAUCCCCGAGAAACAGGAAGGUCCCGUCACCGUCGUAGUGGCUCACUCGUACAAGGACAUUGUUCUGGAUGACGCCAAGGAUGUCUUGGUCGAAUUCUACGCACCUUGGUGCGGACAUUGCAAGGCUCUUGCUCCUACCUACGAGAAACUCGCCGAGCUGUAUUCCUCCAACCCAGAGGUGAUUGUGGCCAAGGUCGACGCAACCUUGAACGAUGUCCCCGACGAGAUUGCCGGGUUCCCCACCAUCAAGCUGUACCCAGCUGGAGCCAAGGACUCGCCCGUCGAAUACUCUGGAUCCCGCACCUUGGAGGAUCUUGCUGCUUUUAUCCGUGAUAACGGCAAGCACGGCGUUGACGGAUUGGCCUCAAAGAAGGACCAGGAUGGAGAUAGCGACAUGGAAGACGCGUCCUCGGCCGUCAGCGAUACCAUGGCCAAAGCCGCUCCUGCCGCCACCACCGUCGCGGAAGACGCCAAGUCGGGUGUCAAGGAAGCCGUCAAGACCGUCAUCAGCGAGGCUGCCGAGGCAGCCAAGACGUUUGUCGCUGAUACCGACGACGGUGGCCCAGAGGAACAUGAUGAAUUGUAA